AUGCCACGAAAAAGUACUAUGCGUGAUAAUGUGAACGUUGUUCGAUCUCGAUUACCACAUUUGUCUGAUCUUCCGCGUGAGAAAAUUGAAUUAGUUUUACUUUACUAUGAAUCAAGUAUCGACGACACCGUUGAAGCAUUUAAAAGAGAUUGUGCUAUUGAAGCUCUCAAUGGAUGGACUGAAACGAGUAAUGGUCGAGGAACUACUUCAUCGAAACGGACAAAUAAUAAAGGUGACAAUAGAAAUAGCAAACCUUCGACAUUACCUACGAAUUCAUCAGUGAAAAAACCACCGUUCAAUGGAAUUUUACGACCAUCACAACGUGUUUCAAAUAUUUUUCAAACAUUUGCAGAAGGUGGUACACCGACUAUUGUAACUACUAAUGGCAGUAUCACUACGUCUAAUACAGCUGCUUGUUCACCACCAUCAACAUCUUUUAGUGAACAAAGUGAUAACAAUCAUGAUUUAACAGCCAAUCAUGUUGCCAUACAUGAUGAAGUGAUUGAGCAACAAAACUCAUCUCAAUUACAAACUCGAAAACAUAUUCAAGAUCGCCAUGAUUCAACUUCAUCAAUAAAACAUCAUCAUGAACCAUCAACAAAUAGCAAUAAUCAGCAAACAACAACAACAAUACAAUUUUCUAAUAAUAAAAAAAUGCUUACAAAAUCAGUUAAAGAUCUUCAACGACAAACAUCAACAUUAACAAACGUUGAAAUACUAUUUGACAAUGAAAUAAAAUCAUCAAUAAAACAUAUUGAUGAUGUCUUUAAACAGAUUACUGAAAUCAUCAAACAACGUGAAAUUGAACUUUACUUAGAGAUGGAUAAAGUUAAAGAACAAGGCUUAAAUAUUAUACAUAAUCGACAAAAACAUGCUAUUGAAUUACGCCAAUCAAUUGAUCGUUGUGAUCGUCUUGAACCAGUUGAAAUAGAUAAUCUUCGUCAUGAUAUUAAACAGUUUGUUACUGAUCGUCGAUAUGAACUUGGCGAACAAUUAACAACAUCUCAUCGUUUUGGGUACGAUCAAAAAUUAAUUGAGCUAUUAAAAAAUUUUGGUCACAUUUUACCAAUUGGUCGAACACGUUCAACAUCAUCUGCAUUGGUUGAAACACAUCCAACUACAAUAUCAGAUGGAACUUCAGAAAAAUUACAGAUAUCAAUGAUAAGUCAUCCAAUAUCAUCAGUGUCAUCUUCAUUAAACGAAGUUGGUGUUAUAGUUAAGCAAGAACAACCAAAACCACAACGAAUUAACAAUAAUCAACAAUUGAAUGAUUAUAAUACCGGUAAUAAUUAUCGAUAUUGUGAUUCUUCACAACAAAAUAAUGGUUCUUUUCAAUAUUAUGAUGAAACAAAUAAUUAUCAAAGUAAUUUUCAACAUCCGCGUCCAAUACUUAAUUAUCACAAUGAUAACAAUCGUCGUACUGAACCAAAGCCAAUCAAUAAUUGUGUAGAUUUAUCAAAUAAGAGUAAAACAACAAAUACAUAUCGUCGUCCAAGACUAUCACCGCAUCCUUCUCAACCAGUUGUUCCAGUACAAACUUAG